AUUGCAAGAUGGGCUCGCAUCAAUUCCUUGGCCUACUCUGUUUUCUCUUUGUCUUACAUUCCUCCCUUCCCUUUGUCUCGCCCCUUUGCCCUCUAGACCAACGCGAUGCCUUGCUCCAUUUUAAGGAUUCCUUCGUGCUUGAUAGCAUGGCCUCGGACUCUUACUCUUAUCGUUUGGAUAAUUCUUCUUAUCCAAAGACAAAGUCAUGGAACAAGAGUGUGGACUGCUGCUCGUGGGACGGUGUGACUUGCGAUGAUGUCACUGAUUACGUCAUCGGUCUCGAUCUUACUUGCAGUUGGCUUCGUGGCGCUCUCCAUUCCAAUAACUCCCUGUUUCUCCUUCGCCAUCUUCAGAACCUCAACCUUUUUGGUAAUAAUUUUACUGGCUCACGCAUUUCGCCAAAUCUGAGUGUAUUUGUAAGAAUGACUCAUCUGAAUCUCUCUACUUCACUCUUUUCGGGUACUGUUCCUAGUGAAAUCUCUCACCUGUCCAAGCUAGUGUCACUUGAUCUCUCUAACCGUUUAAUUGAAUCAAAUGGGCUCUCUUCUCUCAGGUUGGAAAAUCCGAUCUUCACAAUGCUUGCUCAGAAUCUAACGGUAGUGAGAAGGCUUGUUCUUGAUGGUAUAAACAUGUCCAUGGUUUCAGCAAAGUCCUUUGUGAAUUUGUCUUCUUCUUUGACACAUUUAGGGGUUCGUGAUUGUUCCUUAAGGGGGAUAUUCCCAGUUACUAUUUUUCGAUUCCCGAGCCUAACUACUCUCGAAUUGAGUUUGAAUAAAGACAUGUCUGGGAUUCUUCCCAAAUCCAAUUGGACCGGUCCUCUUGUGCACUUGUCUCUCUUCCUUACAAGCUUUUCAGGAGAAAUACCCAAUUCAAUUGGUAACAUGAAGAGUCUAAGAUAUUUAGAUCUUGGAUGGUGCAAAUUCACAGGACACGUCCCUUCGUCAUUGGCUAAUCUCAAACAACUCCAAAUCCUAUAUCUUGACGGGAAUAACUUUGGUGGGGUUAUAGAGUUUGAAAUCUUUACAAAGCUUAAAAAUCUACAGGUGCUUUAUGUUUCUGCGGAACUAAAUCUAACCCAUGAUAGACUGAACUAUACAUUUCCGAAGCUUGAACGGCUGUGGUUGUGUUCUUGUAACUUGACCAAGUUCCCUCAUUUCUUGAGUUCAUUAGAAAGAUUAAUAUUUUUAGACCUCUCUUCCAAUAGGAUUAGUGGGGAGAUCCCAAGGUGGUUCUGGGGAAUAAGCCAUGAUACAUUGGAAUCCUUAGAUCUUUCUAAUAACCUUCUGGAGGGAGGUAUACCACAAUUGUACUGGAAGAAAUUGCAGUAUAUGAAUCUUCCUAACAACUCAUUCCAAGGACCACUCCCAAUCCCUCCACCUUCUACUUAUUACUUUUCGGUCUCCAACAAUGGUUUCAUUGGUGAGAUUCCAUCUUUGAUUUGCCAGUUGAGUUCACUCUUUUAUUUAAAUUUGUCUAACAAUAAUCUCUCUGGGAAUAUGCCACCAUGUUUUGAUAAUAUGACCGAUCUUGAGUAUCUAGACUUGAGCAACAAUAAAUUACAAGGGCCAUUACCGCACUCCCAAGUCAAAUGCGUGAACUCAUCAUCAUUAUUUCUCAGUCACAAUGAAUUCAAUGAUAUCUUCUCAAACACCUCAUUGGGUGUAAUCAAUUUGUCCAACAAUAAGUUUGGAGGGCCAAUUCCACUUCCAUCUCCCGUGACUUUUUAUUAUUCAGUUGCAAGUAAUAAUAUAUCGGGAAAGAUCCCUUCUUUGUUAUGCAAUGCCAGCAAGCUUGAGAUCAUCGACUUGUCUGACAACGGCUUGACAGGUGCCUUGCCACAAUGCUUAACAAACUUCAGUACCGAUCUGUCAGUUUUGAACUUACGGAUGAAUCACCUUGAUGGCAUAAUUCCUCAAUCAUUUUCUUCAAGAAAUAGCUUGGUGACUCUUGACUUUAGUCAAAAUCAGUUUGUGGGCACUUUGCCGCAAUCCCUUGUCGAAUGUAAAUAUCUAGAAGUUCUGGAUAUCAGUAGCAAUCAGAUAGAGGAUACAUUUCCGAGAUGGUUAGGAACACUUCCAGAGUUAAAAGUUCUCAUUUUAAGGUCCAACAAUUUUAAGGGUCUUUUAGAUAUUCCAGAUGGAGUUGACCUCUUUCCCAAGUUACGCAUUUUGGAUCUCUCCAAAAACAAUUUUGGGGGUCCUUUGCGAGCCAACUUGAUAAUGAACCUGAAAGGCAUGAUGAAUGGCGAAAAUGGGCAAGAAAAAUCACUAUAUAUGACCCGGUCUUUCCAAGGGAGUUCAUAUGAAAACUCUGUGACCGUGACGUUGAAAGGGCUGGAGAUUAAGCUAGUGAAGAUCUUGACCAUCUUCACAACCAUCGACUUGUCGCGCAAUUCUUUCCAAGGAAAUAUUCCUAGAGUCUUUGGACAUCUCCACUAUCUCAAAGGGCUCAACCUUUCACACAACCAUCUUACAGGUUCCAUCCCUCCAACUCUAGGGAGCUUGACUGAUCUUGAAUGGCUUGAUCUUUCUUCGAACAAGCUUAGUGGGGAAAUUCCUAGAGUACUGGGAGAUUUGGCAUCCCUUGGAUACUUGGACCUCUCGAAGAAUCAACUCACUGGUCAAAUUCCACAAGACAAGCACUUGAGCACAUUUUCAAGCGAUUGGUUUAGUGAUAAUCCAGGCUUAUGUGGAACUCCGUUGCAAAAAGCAUGCCCUGGCAAUGCUCAACGUCCUCCACCAUCGUCCUUGUCUUUCAAUUGCAAAGGGCAUCAUAGUUGGUUCGAACAAAAGAUAAUGUGGAUGGGUUAUGCAUCUGGAAUCAUAAUUGGGAUUUCCAUAGCAUUCAUCGCAUUUGAAACAGAAAAGCCCAAAUGGCUCGUGCGAGGUAUGAGAAUGCUGGAGGGUAGAGUAGCUGAGUGGAUGGAGAAACAAAAGCAAAAGGACAUCAAAUUUCAUGGACAAUGAAAUUGUUGAGGAGCUGUUUCUUUAGAUUGUGUUAUGUAAAUUCAAUUAAUAAAGACGUUACCUGACCAGCUUGAUAUGUCAUUUCAUAUAUGAAGCCUUUUUUGUAAUGCCUUCUCUUCUUGUUUCUUGGUGUAAUUGCGUAUUAGUUGAAUUGAAAAGAUGAAUAAUAAGA